AUGAGCAUCAAGCCAGCAAGAACUGGAAGGAGACAGCUAAAUGCAGACAAGCGGAUGCAGGCAGCCCUGAGCGGUGGACUCGCUGCAAAUUGCGAUGGCAUCGACAGCAACCCUGUUCACAAAAAACUUGCCCUAACUAGUGUACCGGCGUACGAUGCUAUGUUUGAUUUCUGGGAAGCGUAUGAGCGAAUAAAUCCAAGGGCCGAUCCACGCAAUAUGCAAUGCAUGAAGCAUAUCGCUGAAGCUAUAGUGCGCUCAACCCCCGGCAGGCUAGAUGAAGGAGGAAUGGCAACUGUUAAAACAGUACGGGUUAAAGUCUGGACAUUUAUGUCAGAAUGGCAGCAGAAGACCAAUCUAUCUAUUCCUAAAGCCGUCCAUGACUCAAUGGUUCCAUACGUCACAGAUGUACUCAGAUACGAGAUCCCUCUGUGGAUAAAAGAGAAGGAACCUACGUUCUUAACUAUACAGAACUACCUCGACAUGGAGGAGCUAUUAUGGCAGAGAGACCACCAUAAAUACAUCCACGAAGGCUGCCGUGUGGAUGAACUCGUUUGCAUGGUUGUAUGGAAAGAUGGAGAGCCCGACAUUAUAAUAUCCUUCAAGAGAGAACACAGUAAAGGCAUGGCAGACACCUUUAAAAAACCAAAACAUCCCAUAUACGAAAGGCUAGAUCCUCCACCUCCUCUCUGUGCCAACACUCUCUUGUUUUUACUAUCUAUUAUGAUCUCAAGUGGUGCAUUCGAGAAUCACAAAACUGUUGAGGAUGUCCUCUCUGCUAGGGCGCCAAAGGGAAGAUACCAGGUGUUAGACUGGGCAGAUGACGCGUUGGAUAAACCAGUCUUUCCGGAGAUGUCCAGUGAUUGGCCAACAGAGAAAAUUAAAAAUGAAACCUCGUGGGGUCAGCAGUGUUCGGAUUGGGCAGUACGAGCUGACUUCACAGAAGGAAUGGGACUUCAUGCGGCCCGCCGGGAAGCACUUAUUCAGGUAGAUGACGGGGGCUAUUCGUUGGGGCAGGUUAUGAAAUAUGCUGGGCAUAGAAACGCGAAGACUCUCGUUGGCCACUACUUAGAUGACGCGAGUAAUGUAGAUGGCACAGCAGCGUUCCUCAAGACAAAUCCACGGAGAGACCUUACAGAAUACUUCCACUCGGAGUCUAUGAAGAAAAACCCGAAUCUCCCGCACUCGCUCACGGCAAACAUCCUGGAUCAUCUGAAGCAGCAUUAA